AUGGUUUGCGGUUCGAAAAAAUGCCAUGGACCCGGCUAUGCUUCUCCAAAAGACGCUUUGAAUGGUCCCAGGGAAAAAGUGUUGUUUGUGACAGCUCCGCACGCUGAAAAUGGCCCGGAUGCGAUUUUUUCGAUUGAUGUUGAGCCGAGUUCGAAGAGUUUUUCUGAGGUGAGUGGGGGGAUUUAAAUUUCAGAACUUCAAAAAAAAAAAUUUGGAGAUGUCUCCUAGUUUUCCAGCCUAGAAUUUCCUGAUGUUCCAGGUGAUUUCUCGAGUUGAUCUUCCAAACAUCGGAGACGAAGUGCAUCACACUGGUUGGAAUGCUUGUUCCUCUUGUCACACAGAUUCCUCAGCAAAACGUUCAAACCUAAUCGUUCCCUGUCUAAACUCCGAUCGAAUUUAUAUUCUCAACGUCGAAGAUCCCACCAAAAUCUAUCUCCAAAAAACCAUCGAACCAUCCGAGCUUCACGAAAAAAACGUGUCAUUUCCUCACACUUCUCAUUGUCUAGCAGACGGGAAUAUUAUGAUUUCAACCCUGGGAAACUCAAACGGUGAAGCUCGGGGAAGUUUUCUUCUGCUAGAUGGAACUACCUUCAAGGUUAAAGAAACUUGGUCGAAUCAAACUACAAAGUUCAACUAUGAUUUCUGGUAUCAACCAAGGCAAAAUGUUAUGAUUUCCACAGAAUGGGGAACACCAAAUCUUAUCAAAAAAGGAUUUAAUCCUCAACAUGUUGGCGAAGGUUCUUACGGUAACUCGAUUCAUAUUUUCGAGUGGGAUUCACAUAAACUUUUACAAUCGAUUGAACUUCCUUUGCCUUUGGGAGCACUUCCACUUGAAGUCAGAUUUUUGCAUGAACCAUCAAAGCCAAAUGCAUUUGUUGGAUGUGCUUUGGGAUCCGCAAUUUAUCAUAUUCAUCCAGGAAAUGGAAAAGAAUAUGUGGCUGAUUUGGCAGCGAAAAUCGAAAGUCGACCAGUUUCUGGAUGGGCGUUGGAUGAAAUGCCAGCUUUGAUCACUGAUAUUUUGAUUUCCAUGGAUGACAAAUAUCUGUGAGUUCAAUUUGAAUCUGAAAAUUUGGAAUUUUUCUAGUUUUUUAUCAACUUAGCACAUGUUUCACCUCAAAAAGCCCCUGUUUUUUUGCAACGGUGAAAAAAUUUACUACGGUACGCUAUUUGUGCAUUUGUGCGUCGCGGUGUUUACACACUAGAUAGUGAUUUCAGAGCAUUUUCAGCAUGUUAGAGGCAUUUUCAGAAAACGCUGAAUAUACCAUUUGAUUCGUCUCGUCGAGAUGAGCCAGGAAAACUAUUUACUUGUUUCUGAAACGCAUUCUCAAAAAAGUUAUGGGCUGAAAAUCAAAUUCUGAGCAAAUCAAAGGCGCACACAUCUUUCGAAAGAGUGAGGUCUCGCAGCGAUUCCAGUUUUUCACGUUAUUCUACGUGAAAACGCCAUUUUUAGGGCUUCUACUAUAUUUAUUCGAAGAGAAGAGAUGAAAUUACGGAUGUAUGAAUGUUUUGAAAUUUUUCUGGGGCCCCCUAGAGAUAAAACGCGGCGCCGCCAAAUGGAGAUACAAAACCCCCAAAAUUUCAGCUACGUAUCCUGUUGGCUUCACGGUGACAUUCGUCAAUACGACAUUUCCGAUCCAAACAACAUUCAUCUAACCGGUCAAAUUUACAUCGGUGGAAGUUUACACAAAAACUCGGGUGUAACUGUUCUCGACAACCUCCCCAUUCCCGAUCCUCUCAUUAUAAAAAACCACAAAAUCCCGGGCGGCCCUCAAAUGCUUCAAUUAUCCCUAGAUUGUCGAAGAUUGUAUGUAACAACAUCACUUUAUAAACAAUGGGAUUCACAAUUUUAUCCAAAUCUUCUUGAAAAUGGCGCCUGUAUGGUUCAGGUCGAUAUUGGAGAAGAUGGAAAAAUGACAGUGAAUUCUGAUUUUUUGGUGGAUUUUGGGAAGAUUGAAGGUGGUCCGUAUUUGGCACAUGAGAUGAGAUAUCCGGGAGGCGAUUCGACAUCAGAUAUUUGGAUUUAA